AUGGGCAUCAAGAGAGUGCAGUGUGAUGAUGAUGAUGACAAUGAUGACAACAAGUUGGUUUCAUUUGAGGAGAUAGCAGCUGCUUGCAGGAAAGCAAAGGAUCCAGGAAAUGCAGCUUGCUCGAUGGCUGUUAUGAAACUUCCUGCAGCUGAAGAUCUGUCCUAUCAUAGCCCACAUCACUCCAUGCAACCCCUUGAGCAUUCCUCUGAUGCAGACAAUGACUCUGUCCUACUUGAACAAUCUCUCACUGAUUUUCCUAUGGGCGAGGAAUUCCCGGCACACUUGGACAUCAAUGUUGUUGAUUUCAUGAAUGAUUCUGUGGAAGAACAGAGGGCCAAUGCUGACCACAACAACAAGAUCCUCAAAGAUCCUCUAACUGGCACAGAAUCAUCUGACAAGCAACCUGAAGUCCCUCCAUCUUCUGUCCAGGUACCUGAUGUGCAGCCAGCAUUGCCAGUGCCAGUGAAUGAGUUGCUGGAGCCUCUGCUUCCCCCUGAUGUCAUCCUCAACAGUCCCAAGGAGCUUGAUUCCAAUCAGCUCCAAUUUUUCAUGAAGGAUUAUGUUGAUGAUCUAUUGCGGCUUUAUGACAAGGGAAUCAUCAUCAAGACUUCAAAAUAUCCAGAAGGGCAACAUGUACAUGUAAUUCCUGUUGCAGUAUGCUGCAAUCAUCCAGUGAUGUGCAAGUUGAAGCUGAAAACAGAAGAUGCAAUGGAGUAUGAUAAAUUUCCAUGUCAAGAUGGACAGCAGCAUUGA